UGAGUUUCCCAAGCGAAACGGAGGCAAUAGUAGCUAAGAAAUGGCGGCCGCGCACGGCCGGCGCCGCAGGGUGGCCCUGCCGUGGACGGUGCGGCUCCGGCUCUGCGGCCUCGAGGCCGCCAUCGACGUGGCGCAGUGCCGAGACGGCGGCGUCAACCGUUCUCUCUUCUCCCUGUUCGACCGCCGGACGCCGGCCGAUCCCCGGCCGGACGCCACCGGCGUCGGCUCGACGGACAUCACCGUCGACGCGUCCCGCGGCCUCUGGGCGCGCGUUUUCACCGUGGCGGAGCGCUCGCCGUCGCCGCGACCCGUCAUCGUCUACUUCCACGGCGGCGGGUUCACGCUGUUCUCCGCGGCUUCCCGCACCUACGACGCCCUCUGCCGCACGCUGUGCGGCGGCCUCGGCGCCGUCGUCGUGUCCGUCAACUACCGUCUCGCCCCCGAGCACCGGGCCCCCGCCGCGUACGACGACGGGGAAGCCGUCCUCCGUUACCUCGCCACCACUGGCCUCCCCGGCCACGUCAGCCCAGUCGACGUCUCCGCCUGCUUCGUCGCCGGGGACAGCGCCGGCGGCAACAUCGCGCACCACGUGGCCCACCGCUGGACGGCCGCGACGUCGGCGUCGACAAGUCCCGUCCACCUCGCCGGCGUAAUACUCGUGCAGCCGUGCUUCAGCGGCGAGGAGCGGACGAAAGCGGAGCGCGCGCUGGACGGCGUGGCGCCGAUGCUGAACACCCGGCGGACGGACCUGUCGUGGAAGGCGUUCCUGCCGGAGGGGGCCGACCGGAACCACCCGGCCGCGCACGUCACCGGCGGCGACGACGGUGGCCCGGAGCACGAGCUGCCGGAGUCGUUCCCGCCAGCGAUGGUGGUGAUCGGGGGGCUCGACUCGCUGCAUGACUGGGGCCGGCGGUACGGCGCCAUGCUGCGGCGGAAGGGGAGGACGGCGCGGGUGGUGGAGUUCCCGGACUCCAUACACGCCUUCUACGUCUUCCCGGAGCUCGCCGACGACUCCCGGAAGCUCGUCGACGAAAUCAGGGCGUUCGUGGAAGAAAUCAUCAGGUCGAAGCAGUCCACUAGUUAGGGAUGGUCCACUCCAAGUCGUCAUGAAUUAGUAUCCCUAGUGUAAAACUAAAUAAUAUCUAUGGAUGAGAUAAUUUACGUGACAAUUAAAUGUAAAACUAAAUAAUACCUAAGAACUACUCCCUCCUUUUCAAAAUAAAUCAAUCUUUCACA